AUGGCUAUAGCAAAAGCUACGACCAUCAAGGAAGCCUUAAAACGGCUAGAAGAUCGUACUAAAACUAAUUCGUGCGAUGAAAAAGAAAUAGAUCUAUGCUUCCAGUGGCCUCCGAUUGAGAAAAUGGAUACCACCUUUUCGACCCUUACCGCAUGCCAGAAAUUGUCUCUUUCGACGAACAUGAUUGAUAAAAUUUACGGAUUGAGUGGUAUGAAAAACCUUCGCGUUCUAUCACUAGGACGCAACUACAUCAAGGCAAUAUCCGGUCUGGAAGGUGUAAGCGACACACUGGAAGAACUCUGGAUCAGCUACAAUUUGGUGGAAAAGCUAAAAGGCAUCAGUGUGCUGAAAAGGCUGAAGGUUCUCUACAUGAGCAACAACCUGGUCAAGGAUUGGGUGGAGUUUAACCGGCUCGCCGAUCUGCCCGUGCUAGAAGAUCUGCUGUUUGCCGGGAAUCCUCUGGUCGAGUCAAUGGAAGAGAGCAUUUGGCGGGCGGAGGCAAGCAAACGUUUACUGUCGCUGAAAAAGCUUGACGGUGAAACGGUCAUCCGGGAGGAAUCAGAAAAUCAGAACGCACAAGGAGCUCAGCCUGAAAAAUAA